CAUCCGCCGAAAGAUAUAGCUGCUCUCCUGGCCCGCCUCGGCGUCGCUUCCUGCACUCUGUCGCUGACUUCUCCGGCAGCCUGUUGGCUUUCGCUUUAGCUCAUCAGAAGCCCCGCUACUCCUCUCUGCUGACUGCUCCGCAACCAGGCAGAUCCUCAUCGGCCCUUCCCAUAAAAUCGCCGCUGCAACCUUGAGCCCCCCGACGAUGAAGUCCGCCGUCUCCCUUUCGUUGACCUCGCUGGUCGCUCUCCUGCCGCUGGUUUCUGCAGAGGCAAAGUUUUACUGCGAAGUACCUGCGGAAAGGUCCCGAUACUGCCCGUAUCGACCCACCAUCUCAACCAACGUCCUGGCCGUCGACAAGUAUAUUGCAGAUGUGAUCGCGGACGUGGGCUUGAACUUUCCCGGUGCCGAAAAGACGGCGUGCUACAAGUCUCUCAUCGAUGUCGCCUGUGUGAUCUACUUCCCCCGCUGUGAUGACAUCACCAAGUUCGUCUUUCGACCAUGCGACACCUUCAGACAGCGAAUGCUGAAGGAAUGCUAUCCACCCAACAUGUAUCUGGAUCCCUCCAUACUCAACUACAAUUUUGAUCUAGAGCUGUUUUCCGCGGACAACGCAACCUGCUCGCCCUACUCCGAAGACUUGGCUCCUUAUGAAUACGCCAACCCCGCCACUCUUCCCCUGUGUCCUCCACAAAUCCUCCAGAGCCUCACCACCCGGUGCGACACCAGCGAAACGGCCAAGCAAGUCCACUAUUACAUGCCCGAGGUUGCGUGGUCCAAAGGCAUCGACGGCUCGGCCGCAGUUCCGAACCCGGAAGAAUGCAGCCGCCUCAAGAACGUCCCACCGUCCCAGCUGGUCAAAUGCAAAUAUCCGUCACCCAACGAAUAUGUCGGCACCAUCAUCAGAUCGUUCACUUUCCCUGAUGAUCAACUGCAUAUGAUGUUCAAGACCGGAUGCACUUCCGAGCACGGCAGAGAGAUUCCAAACUGCGGAUGGGAGUUCACAGAUGACUCGGUCAUCUACGUCAGCCGUAUUCCUCACGUCGUGGCUUGGCUCUCUGUUGAUUUCCGUGUCAAUUCCGUGUCUGCAAAGAAUCCCGCCGCCAUCUUCUCGUUCUCGAGCAUUUCCAAGAGCGGCCCCGAGUCCGGCUUGCGCUUCAGGCUUGACGGUAUGCUCCAGCUGGAUUAUGUCUUCAAUCAGUCCUCCCAGCUGGGGUAUGCGAUUCCGCUUACUCCUGGCAAGAUCCAAACCGCCCGAUGGGAGUAUCGCUCCCGCAACACCGCCUUUACUGGCGAUAAGGCCGCCAUCGAGGUCAUGGCCUUUAGUUUUGCCGAGAUCGAGUGGGACUUUGGCGUUCCUCAUAUUCCCGAGUCGAAUCCUGCCCCUGGCACAUCGCGCUGUCCGCUCGCCAACUUGAGGAGUGUCGAGACUGGAUGCAACGAAGCAAACACUGCCGAGAAGGUGUUUUACUAUCUCCCCCCUGCCAACGAAAGCGCCCCGCUGGAGGCCUGUGAUCGCACUCUGAGCGUCCCGCAGUUCACCAAGACCCCCUGCCUAUACCCUUCGUCCCACUUGCCCGCCGGCACGGUCAUCCGCAACUUUGACUUUCCCGACGAGCAGCGGGAGCGAAUGUUCUCCACCGGCUGCAACUUCCGAAACGGAACCGCUGUUCCUGACUGCGGAUGGACAUUUACCAAUGACAACGUGCAAUACAAAAGCACGCACCCUGACGUCGUUGCCUGGCUGUCGGUUGCUUUCAAGGCCGAUCUUGGUAGCUCGGAUUCCCCAGCGAUCAUCUAUGCGUUCAAGAGCAUUGCAUCCAGCGGCGGCCAGUCUGGUCUGGUCUUCAAAUUGGAUGACGCCGUCGAGAUGAGCUAUGUGAACAAUCAGUCCAGCGUCAUCGGAUACGGCGUUCCCCUGACCAAGGGCAAGUCGCAGACCGCUCGGUGGGAGUAUACUGCCGGGGCCGCAGCCGCUCCCGGAGACAUGGUUUCGAUCGAGACCCUGUUCAUCCAGUCGUCCGAAGUCACUUUCAACUGGUCCGCAGUUGUCCCGGCACCCAAGCCCACCAAGGGCACCAGCUUCGAAAUCAUCACAAACGCCCUGCAGACCGGAAAGACCGGCGGUGUGUCUAUUGGUCUGAUCGUUGUGCUUGUCGUCGUUAUUGGCGGCACAAUUGCAGGACUCUCGAUCUUCCUGGUGAGGCGGUUUGGAGGAUUUGGAAAGUCCGAAUACCAGGAGCUUUUGAAUCCCAAGGGCAUCGAGCUGGACAACUUUGACGACGACGACGACGAGGAGUUGGAGGCCGGGUUUACAUUCCUGCGCACUGCAAACGACGGUGCACGUCUGAGCGGCGAUAGCAUUACCCCCAUCCGACCAAGCGGCGACAGCGAUUCUUUUGUCAACGGGCACGAGUAGAUUGAUGCAUCGCUCGCCCGCGUUCUUCACAUGCCUCAUGGGGCCGUCCGAGCCCAUUCUACGAGUCGCAAUCGUAAGCACAGUCGCAGCCGUGUUGGCUUCAACUUCAUGACU